UCCUCCAGGGUUUUUUCUUAUUACAGAGAUGAUGCCAGGCUGCAGCUAAGAGAGACUCGCAGACAGUGGUGAGCCAUUAUCCCCAGUUGAGCUCUGUGUAAUUGGUGCGAAGAGAUUGCGGCUGACGAAUCAGCCUGCUGCUGAACAGAAGAGUGAUUGUGUGCUGGCGGGCCCAGUGGCCGCACAUGGGAGCUCGCAGUUGUUUACAAAAGAAGUCUCUACUGUCCUGCUGUUUCUGAGCUGCCGCUGAAUGCCCCAUUGGGUGUGGAAUUGGUUUCAAGGCAUCAAAAUUGUGACCAAGUGCAGGCUGCAGGGGCUGCUGCACGGUGACCUUUCUGGCAAGGGUUAGACUGAGGAGGCGGCCCACGCUGAAAAAGAGGGACCUGCAUGCCAAAUUGUCCGGCCCAGUGGCCACGGCAGCCUCUGGCAAGGGAGACAACAUCGAUCGAGUCCAGGAACCAACUGGAAGGCGCUUGGCUCUGGCAGGCAGCUCUGGCCACGCUCAACCCCAACCCCACGGACAGCUGUCCCCUCUACCUGAACUGUGCCACAGUGGCAGCCCUGCCUUCCAGGGUGAGCCGGCACAACAGCCCUUCUGCCGCCCACUUCAUCACCAGGCUUGUGCGAACCUGCCUGCCUCCUGGAACCCACCGGUGCAUCCUGAUGGUCUGUGAGCAGCCUGAGGUUUUUGCCUCUGCCUGUGCCCUGGCCCGGGCCUUCCCACUCUUCACACACCGCUCAGGGGCGUCCCGGCGCACGGAGAAGACCGUCAUGGUGGAGUUCUUCCUGGUGGGACAAGACAAUGGCCCGGUGGAAGUGUCCACCUUGCAAUGUUUAACCAAUGCCACAGAAGGCGUGAGGCUAGCUGCCCGCAUUGUGGACACACCGUGCAAUGAGAUGAACACAGACAUCUUCCUUGAGGAAAUUAGCCAAGUUGGAAAGGAGUUGGGGAUCACCCCUACCAUCAUCCGGGAUGAGCAACUGAAGACCAGAGGAUUUGGAGGAAUCUAUGGGGUUGGCAAAGCCGCCCUCCAUCCACCUGCUCUGGCAGUCCUCAGCCACACCCCUGAUGGAGCCACACAGACCAUUGCCUGGGUGGGCAAGGGCAUUGUCUAUGAUACCGGUGGUCUCAGCAUCAAAGGGAAGACCACUAUGCCAGGGAUGAAGCGAGAUUGUGGGGGUGCCGCAGCCAUCCUGGGAGCCUUCAGAGCUGCCAUCAAGCAGGGUUUCAAAGACAACCUCCAUGCUGUGUUCUGCUUGGCUGAGAAUGCUGUGGGCCCCAAUGCCACCAGACCUGAUGACAUUCACCUUCUGUACUCAGGAAAGACUGUAGAGAUAAACAACACAGAUGCUGAGGGCAGGCUGGUGCUAGCUGAUGGGGUAUCGUAUGCUUGCAAGGACCUGGGAGCUGACAUCAUCGUGGACAUGGCCACACUGACUGGAGCACAGGGCAUUGCCACAGGGAAGUACCAUGCAGCCGUGCUCACCAACAGUGCCGAGUGGGAGGUAGCCUGCGUGAAGGCUGGCCGGAAGUGCGGGGAUCUGGUUCACCCGCUGGUCUACUGCCCCGAGCUGCACUUCAGCGAGUUCACCUCUGCCGUGGCUGACAUGAAGAACUCCGUGGCGGACCGAGACAACAGCCCCAGCUCCUGUGCUGGCCUCUUCGUUGCUGCACACAUCGGAUUUGACUGGCCUGGGGUCUGGGUCCAUCUAGACAUCGCAGCUCCGGUGCAUGCUGGCGAGCGAGCCACGGGCUUUGGUGUGGCUCUCCUACUGGCACUUUUUGGCCGUGCCUCUGAGGACCCGCUGCUGAACCUGGUGUCCCCAUUGGGCUGUGAGGUGGAUACCCAGGAGAGCGAUGAUGUGGGGCGUAACUCGAAAAGACGCAGGCUCGUGUGAGCGUGUGAGCGCUGCUUCCCAGCUGGUGACGUGGUUCCUUACCUCACUGUACACUGACUGAUUUGAAGUAAUUGGAAGAUUAGACCUUGAGAUGAGUUUGGCUUCUCCUUCUGUGAGCUGUGGUGGUGGGUGUGGCUGCUCCUCUUCUAGAAGACAGCUUAAGGUGUGGUGGGGUCCGGGGAAGACUGUCACAGACCGCCUGGGUCGGCUUCUGCAAACUCACUGUCCCUUGUCCCACACCUGGGACACCUCUGUGGGGUCCGGGGAAGACUGUCACAGACCGCCUAGGUCGGCUUCUACAAACUCACUGUCCCUUGUCCCACACCUGGGACACCUCUGUGGGGUCCGGGGAAGACUGUCACAGACCGCCUAGGUCGGCUUCUGCAAACUCACUGUCCCUUGUCCCACACCUGGGACACCUCUGUGGGGUCCGGGGAAGACUGUCACAGACCGCCUGGGUCGGCUUCUGCAAACUCACUGUCCCUUGUCCCACACCUGGGACACCUCUGUGGGGUCCGGGGAAGACUGUCACAGACCGCCUAGGUCGGCUUCUGCAAACUCACUGUCCCUUGUC